AUGAUAGAUCCAUGUUCGGAGGGCAAUUUUAUUUCAGAAAUUCUCACACAGCGUCUUCGAUUACCUCGCCGGUUCGCAUCUCUUCACAUCUCCGGCGUUGAAGCUUCUAAGUCUGGAGUAUUAAAAGGUAUGGUCAAUAUUCUCAUCAUAUCGCGAUUUCCUUACCGCUUCACUCUAGAUACAGAGGCUCUGGUUAUACUUCGACUCAGCAAUUACACACCGUCACAGCGAAUCGCCCCUCAAACUUGGUCUGAAUUAAAUGAACUCGAUCUUGCUGAUCCGAAACCUAGUGCGAACUCAGCUAUCCAUAUCUUACUUGGAGCUGAAAUAUAUGCUCUCAUCAUACGGCCAGGUUUAAUGACUCGGCCAGACAACAGAGUGGUUGCACAGGACACAACAGUGGGUUGGAUUCUUACAGGACGACCUACUGGCUCAUCGAGUAAAGUGAUAAUCGAUGAGAAUCAGGGUCAAAUGGUUAAAUCCAAAUCAGUUAUCAGCAUGUCAUGUGCGAUCGAGGACGCCUUAUCCAUUCAACUUCAACGUUUCUGGGAACAAGAGGAGGUAGCUCUACCUGCAUCUGCAUUACUGACUGCCGCAGAUCUGUUCUGUGAACAACAAUAUCAGACCACGCAUCUUCGUGAUUCUGAUGGACGCUACAUUGUUCGCCUGCCUCUCAAGGGACAUAUCAGUGAACUAGGAGCCUCCAGAACUCAAGCUGAAUUACUCUUCAUCAACUUGGAACGUCGGCUACUCAAGAAUCUGGAACUUCGUGCUGCCUACGCUAACUUCAUGUCAGACUAUCUUUCUCUAAGACGCAUGGAAUUAGUGCAUUCAAACUCGUCUCUAAAUGUACCACGUGUAUAUCGACCUCAUCAUGGAGUGUUUAAAGAAACAAGUACUACCACAAAACUCAGAGUAGUUUUCAAUGGCUCUCAUCGAACUUCGACCGGCUGA